AUGGUCAAGUUCUCCAAGGAGCUGGAAGCUCAGCUCAUCCCAGAAUGGAAGGAUGUCUAUGUAAAUUAUAGGCAACUCAAAAAACAUGUAAAAAGGAUUAAGUUAGCAAGAAAACCAAUGAGGGCUUCUGAUACUAAUUAUGAUUUCGGACGAUCCAUUUUUGAUCCCGUUCGAGAUUUUUUUAGUCGAAUUUACAGCAAGCUCAACAAUGGAGAAGAGAAACCAGAGAUAGCCCAGACGAAGAUCAAUGGAGGAAAAGAUGGAGGAGAAGAAGAGCAAGAGGAACACGAAGAAGUAGAAGUAUAUGAAACUGAGCUUGUUCAGCUUUCUGAGGAGGAUGAGAUUAAGGAUUUUUUCGAAAGAUUGGACGAGGAAGUGAAGAAAGUGAACGAGUUUUACAAGACUAAAGAAAAAGAAGUCUUGGAAAGAGGUGAUAUUUUGAAUAAACAGCUUCAAAUUCUUUUGGAUCUCAAGCGGGUUCUCACCGAUCGACGUCGGAGAAAUGUAGCUACAAAUACGGGUUUCGGGUUUUUUUCUCGCUCUAAUUCAUCGUCUGGCCGGAACUCCGAUUAUUCCGAAAGCCAGAGCUACUAUUCUGAUAGCCCAACGGAAAGCCAAAGGGAAGAUGUUAUUGCAGCAUUAGAGAAAAAUGGCAUAAAUUUCGUUAACUCGGCGGCCCGUGGGAAAACAAAGAACGGGAAGCCAACGAUGGCCAUGAGAAUAGAUAUUCCGGCCACGACCCCGACCCGUUCCAUAUCGGCCGUCACAUCAAUGCUUUGGGAGGAUUUGGUCAACAAUCCGAAGAAGGAAGGAGGCAGGGGAGGAGAAUUUAUCAAUCGAAAGAGAAUACAGUGUGCCGAAAAGAUGAUAAGAGGGGCUUUCGUCGACCUAUACAGAGGCCUCGGCUUACUUAAAACAUACAGCACACUUAAUAUGAUGGCUUUUACGAAGAUACUGAAGAAAUUCGACAAGGUAUCAAACAGGCAGGCAUCUGCAAGUUACCUCAAAGAAGUGAAAAGGUCCUAUUUCAUUAGUUCUGAUAAGGUGGUAAGACUAAUGGACGAAGUGGAGUCCUUAUUCACACAGCACUUCGCCAACAAAGACAGGAAAAAGGCAAUGAAAUUUUUAAGACCCCAACAGCUCAAAGAUUCUCACGUCGUCACUUUUUUCGUCGGUUUAUUCACAGGUAGCUUUGUGACGCUGUUCAGCGUGUACGCAAUCUUGGCGCAUUUGAGUGGCAUGUUCACUUCUAGUACUGAACCUGCCUAUAUGGAAACCGUCUAUCCGAUUUUCAGCAUGUUUGCAUUGCUAAGCUUGCACUUGUUUAUGUAUGGAUGCAAUCUGUUAAUGUGGAAGAGCACAAGGAUCAAUUAUAACUUCAUAUUCGAAUUUCAACCCAACACGGCCCUCAAAUACAGAGACGCUUUCCUCAUUUGUACCUCUUUGAUGACGGCUGUGGUUGGGGCUAUGAUCAUCCACCUAAUCUUAAUCUCCCAAGGCUUCUCACCCCGUCAAGUUGACAUGAUCCCGGGAAUUCUCCUACUGUUUUUCAUCGGGCUACUCAUAUGUCCGUUAAACAUCUUCUAUCGCCCGACGCGCUACUCUUUCAUUAAAGUAAUACGCAACAUAGUCUUCUCUCCAUUUUACAAGGUUUUGAUGGUAGACUUUUUCAUGGCUGAUCAACUUACUAGCCAGAUACCAUUAUUAAGGCACAUGGAAUCGACGUCCUGCUACUUUCUUGCUGGAAGUUUUAAAACACACAAUUAUGAGAUGUGCAAGUCUGCAAAGUUAUACAGGGAGCUUGCUUAUGUUAUCUCCUUUGCACCGUACUACUGGCGUGCAAUGCAGUGUGCAAGACGUUGGUUUGAUGAAUGUAACCCAGAACAGCUGGCUAACCUCGGGAAAUAUGUCUCUGCUAUGGUGGCAGCCGGGGCAAGGUUAACCUAUGCCAGGCAGCCCACACAAUUGUGGUUGGUCAUCGUUUUGCUGACUUCAUUGGUAGCCACAGUUUAUCAGUUGUACUGGGAUUUUGUUAAAGAUUGGGGACUUCUUAAGCCAAAAUCCAAAAAUCCAUGGCUUAGAGAUGAUCUCAUAUUGAAGAAUAAAAGCAUCUACUAUGUUUCCAUUGCCUUGAAUAUUGUCUUGAGAGUAGCAUGGGUGGAGACUGUGAUGAAAUUCAAAUUCGGAAUGUUAGAGUCACGACUACUUGAGUUUUUCCUGGCUUCAUUGGAGGUCAUCCGACGCGGACACUGGAACUUUUAUAGAUUGGAGAAUGAGCAUCUCAACAAUGUUGGGGAGUUUAGGGCAGUGAAAGCAGUUCCAUUACCAUUCCAUGAGACGGAUUCUGAUGGUUGA